CCCAACCUGAGAAAGCACGCAAAGAACUGAAACCUCCGAGUUUUAAAGUCGGAAAUCGGGGUGGAAGCGGAGAGAAAAAGCGAGCGAGCGAGCGAGCGAGAGAGAGAGAGUAAUGAAUGUGGACGAAGAAGUAGGGCGGCUCAAGGAAGAGAUUCAGCGAUUGGGUCAGUCCCAGCCCGAUGGUUCUUUUAAGGUCAAAUUCGGCAUCCUUUUCAAUGAUGACCGUUGUGCUAAUAUAUUUGAAGCACUGGUUGGAACCCUAAGAGCAGCUAAGAAGAGAAAGAUUGUCAAGUUCGAUGGUGAACUGUUGCUUCAGGGUGUUCAUGACAAUGUUGAAAUCACGCUAUUACCUUCUCCACCUGCUGAAGCUGUCUCUGUUACUGCAUCCUAAUCACAAUGGUUGAACAUCAUACUGUUCUUAUGUGCUAUGAUUUUAUACUAUUUGUUUGAAAUGCUAACUUUUAAGCUUCUCCAUUUUUUGUCUUCAACAGUUAAGAUCACUAUGAGAAAAGGAUUCAAUUAGUUCCUU